GCGGCAGGCAGCCGGCGAGGCGCUGAGCUGGGCCCUGAGCCGCAGCCGGGCUCGAGGGCCCCUCGGCCAUUCCGGGCGCCCGGCCGGAAGAUUUUUACUUAGAGAAGAUUUCACAGGGACAUCUACAGAAUGUCAUAAAUCAUGAAGGGUACAGAUAGGGUGAACCUGGACUUAAUCACCAAAUGCUGGAAUACUAGAACUAGGGGGCACUCCUUGAAGCUUGAAAAAGGAGGUAUAAAACUGAGACUCCUCCUGGGUUCUGUUGUUCCUAGCUCUGUUCCUGGCCCAGAAGGAUAGAGAAUGAAAGCUGCCUCCAUCUCAAAAGGAUUAGGAUGAUGAUACCCCAAGCCUUUACCUUUUCUCCAGCCUGAUAGUCUCAACCCGAGAACCCAGUCCUAACACUAACCUGACCAGAGUCCUGUACGAUUUCUUAGCAGCUUGGAGGGGCUGAGUCCCAGAUUAACCCCAUUGAGGUCAACUAUAUUCAAGUCCCAGACCCCCCUGUCCCUCACGAUACUUCACAGCCAAUGAACUCCAUGAACCCAAUGAAACCUGCCCUCCCCCCCACGCCACACGGUGAUGGUUCAUUUGCGUAUGAGUCUGUUCCUUGGCAACAGAGCACCAAUCAGCCAACAGGAUCACUCUCCGUGGUAACCACCGUGUGGGGAGUCAGCAAUACAUCCCAGAGUCAGGUUUUGGGAAGCCCCAUGGGCCCUGGGGGGAACCCCUCUGGCAGUCCCAUGAUGCCCGGCAUGGCAGGUGGCAGCCCUGCUAUGAACUCUCCUCAGUUCUUGGGGCAGCAAGCUUUUCCAGAAGGCGGUGCCAACAAGAGUUAUAUGCAGCAAGGAAUGUAUGGCCGUGGCAGCUAUCCUGGAGGUCCUGGCUUUCCCACCAGCUACACAGGCAGCCCAAGUGGCCCUGGGGGCCUAGGUCUCCCCUCACAUGCCACCCGACCCUCCACUGACUUCACUCAGGCAGCUGCUGCUGCCGCUGUGGCUGCUGCUGCAGCUACUGCCACUGCUACUGCUACUGCCACUGUGGCCGCUCUCCAGGAGAAGCAGAGUCAGGAGCUGAGCCAGUAUGGAGCGAUGGGGGCAGGACAGCCCUUUAACAGCCAGUUUCUGCAGCAUGGGGGUCCAAGGGGGCCCAGUGUCCCAGCUGGCAUGAACCCUGCCAGUAUAGGAGGGGUGAUGGGCCCCUCUGGGAUCUCCCCCAUGGGUAUGAACCCAACCCGGGCACCUGGAAUGACUCCCUUGUAUGGAGGGCAGCGACUGCCCCAGCAUGGGUACCCAGGGGCCCCUCAGACACAGCAAAUGCCCCGACAGGGAGUCAAGAGAGCCUACUCCAGUGAGGGUUAUCCAGCACAGCAGUAUAUGCAAGGUGGCCAGUAUGCUCCCAGCACUGCCCAAUAUGCACCAAAUACUGCACAGCCAUCAGCACCCUCCCCCUCGUACCCUGGCCAGAGGAUGCCUAUCCAGCAAGCAAUGGGCCAAUACCUGUCCACCUCCAGCUCAGCAGGACCCUAUUUUAAGCAGUCCACAGAGCAGUUCAAUGGGCAGAACACCAACUUCAAUGGAGGGAACUUCAACAGCUACAGCCAGCCCAACAUAAAUGGGCCCACCCGAUCAAUGCCUGGCUACCCCAGCUCCCCACUGCCUGGGAACCCUACACCCCCAAUGACUCCUGGCAGUAGCAUACCACCUUAUAUGUCUCCUAGUCAAGAAGUCAAGUCUCCAUUCCUGCCUGACAUUAAGCCCAACAUGAGUUCCCUACACCCUUCUCCCUCUGGAAACCCAUGUGACGAGCUGCGGCUCACGUUCCCGGUCAGAGAUGGGGUGGUCCUGGAGCCCUUCCGUCUGCAGCACAACCUGGCUGUCAGCAACCAUGUCUUCCAGCUCCGCGACUCGGUCUACAAAACGCUGAUGCUGAGACCUGACCUGGAGCUACAGUUUAAAUGCUAUCAUCACGAGGACCGGCAGAUGAACACCAACUGGCCUGCGUCGGUGCAGGUGAGCGUCAAUGCCACACCCCUGACCAUCGAGCGAGGAGACAACAAGACGUCCCACAAGCCCCUCUACCUGAAGCAUGUGUGCCAGCCUGGCAGGAACACCAUCCAGAUCACUGUCACCGCCUGCUGCUGUUCGCACCUCUUUGUGCUGCAGCUGGUGCAUCGGCCUUCGGUUCGCUCUGUCCUGCAGGGCCUCAUCAAGAAGCGCCUGCUUCCGGCGGAGCACUGCAUCACCAAAAUAAAGCGGAAUUUUAGCAGUGGUACCAUCCCUGGCACCCCUGGACCCAAUGGAGAGGAUGGUGUGGAGCAGACUGCUAUCAAAGUGUCCUUGAAGUGUCCCAUCACCUUCCGAAGGAUCCAGCUCCCUGCCCGAGGACAUGAUUGCCGCCACAUACAAUGCUUUGACCUAGAAUCCUACCUGCAGCUGAACUGUGAGAGGGGAACUUGGAGAUGUCCUGUCUGCAAUAAGACUGCGUUGCUGGAAGGCCUGGAGGUGGAUCAAUAUAUGCUGGGGAUUCUUAUUUACAUCCAAAACUCAGACUAUGAAGAAAUCACCAUUGACCCCACCUGUAGCUGGAAACCAGUGCCCAUCAAGCCUGACCUCCACAUUAAGGAAGAAUCAGAUGGACCUGUUCUAAAGCGCUGCCGCACCAUGAGCCCUACCCACAUGGUGAUGCCCAAUGUCAUGGAGAUGAUUGCUGCUUUGGGCCCUGGAUCUUCCCCUUUUGCCCCACUGCAACCUCCCUCAGCCCCUGCCACCAGCGAUUAUCCCGGUCAGAGUUCUAACUUUUCAGGCCCUGGAAACUUCCCUGAUUCUUUCCCCCCCACCACACCUAGUACCCCAACCCUUACAGAAUUCACCCCAGGGCCACCACCAAUCUCAUACCAGUCAGACAUUCCUAGCAGCCUCCUGACUCCAGAAAAGCCUCCAGCUCCUUCCAUCCCUGGACAGAUGGCACCAUCAGGCCACAUGGACCCAUCUCACAAUCCUGGCCAGCAGGCACUGCACAAUCCCAAUCUCAGUGCCCCACCAGGGUCACAGCUCCAUCAUCGGAACCCACCCCCCCAGGCCCGGCAGCCCUUGGGGCCAUCGAGUGGGACAGGUCCUACUGGCGAGUUGGCCUUUAAUUCUGCUGCAGGCAUGAUGGGGCAGCCAGGGAUGCCUGGCACUGUAGAAGGGCCAGAGCCAGCUCUGGAUCUCCUCCCAGAACUGACCAAUCCCGAUGAGCUGCUGUCGUACCUGGGCCCACCCGACCUCCCCACCAACAGUAAUGAUGACCUGCUGUCCCUCUUCGAGAACAACUGACCCUUGAUUUCAUUUGGAUCCUCCAGCUUAGGCUGGUCUCAGAACUGCCAUGCCCACUCCUACCAUCCACUCAUCAUUGCCCCUCAGUCCUUACAUACUCACCACUGUUCUUCCUCAUCCAGAGGCAGGGAAACUAAAGCGUUUCAGCUGCCCAUACAUCACGCUCACCCAACCAAAGCCACUUCUGUUGUUGCUCAGACCUAGUAGCCACACACUGUGGCUGGCCACUUCAGUCCGUCCUUCUUCCUAGCUGUUAUGACAGUUGUUUCUGUCCAGGCCCCUUCCCUCACCUCUCUGCCAGCACGAGGACUGAGGCUUCCUCUCCUUGGCCCUGAUGUAUUCUUUACAUCUUCCCACUGCACAGGCCAUCCACAGUGUCCUAUCAGAAGCCUUGCCCCAUCCCUACCCUGACUGGUGCCAGCCCUCUAUCUGACUCUGGCUUUGAGCCUUCUGUUUUAUCUUCCUCAUGAAUGUGGCAGAGUUGGGGGAGAAGCCGAGCAUGGUCUGAUGUUCUGGGCCUGUGGACUCUGGAAGGGCCCUGGGUUUUUUUUCUUCCUGGCUUGAUGAUGAAGCCCUACUAAUUCAUCUUUAGUAGUCAUUAUGUAUGUGGACCUAAAGGCUACAGCAAGCCUGUGCUACCCUUCAUUGGGUAUUGAGGGGCUGUCAUGUAGACCAGAUCUCUCCCCACCAGCCUCAUUGUAUCUGUGGCACCCAUGUUCCCUCUUCUUCACCCCAAGCCCAAGUGCAAGAGGCUGUGUAGGGUGGGGUUGGGGGGGAGGGAGGUGAUUAAUUACAAAGCACAAAAUGUACAUAGUGUAGAAACACUAAAAGCAGGGAAAAAAAAAGAAAAAAAGCUAUUUAAAGGAAAGUGAGUCCCUCUGUUGUACAGCCCCCCUGGUUCCCCUAUUCUUUCCCUUGUUCUCAUAAAUGUGCAUAUUCCCUGACUUUGUAUGAGUGACCAUUCCAUUGGGGAGUAGGGGUCCCAAGCUUCAGCCCUGGCAGGGAAUAUACUUGGGGGGAGGGAGGAAUUGUUAUUCACCAGGAUGUAGAAAUUCUUUGGCUGUGCCCUUCAUCCCCCAGAUUCCCCUUUCUGCAAAGUAAACAAGUGACAGCCAUGUUUUUAAAAAAAACACCUUCCCUUUACCUGUACCCCUGGGGAGAGAAUCCAAGUUGUAAACUGUCCCUUUUUGGAAAACCAUUGCAUCCAUCUGGCUUAUGGGGCCAGAGUCAUGUGUGUGAGCAGUACUGCCCAGGGGGCCGUUUUGUGUAUCCUGUUUCAGUAUCUAUAUUAAAGGAUUCCCUUUUGGUGGGC